AUGCAUCUCAACCACGUUUUCAGCCUUGCUACCAUGCCUCCUAGAGUAAAAUACGACGUACAAGUCUGUUCAGCACAUGGCUUUCAGGGUUAUCGUAUUCCUAGCUCUCGGAUUUCAGAUUCAGCAGCCAAUGAAAAGGUUGACAUCUGUAAGGUACGAUCAGGAAGGCAGUCAUCCACGUGCAAACCGAGAUCUCAGCCCCUGUUAAGCUGCUAUCAGAGUGGCUUUGCUAUCAGCAAGAACCUAAAGUGGGAUACUGAACCAAGGAUUUGGAAUUGUAGGAUCUAUUUUGAUGCACUCCAGACUUACAUGGCUGUCAUCCACGUCGGGCACAGUUCUGGAAAAUCUAAUUGUAGGAUUCUCUGCCGUUUGAGUCUUGAGCUUGAGACAAGACUUUUCGGAGCCGCCAGUGAAUGCUAUGAAGUUGCGAGGUUUGGGAAGACUGAUACAGUUCGUGGCUAUGGGAUUCUGGUGUUCAAAAGUGUAUAA